AUGUCCUAUGGGGACAGAGUGGGGGGACCGGCUGUCUCCCCGCUUCCAGUCCGUGGGAGACACAUGGUGCAUGGGACAGCCUUUGCUUAUGUGCCCAGCCCACAAGUCCUACACAGGAUUCCAGGGACAUCCACCUAUGCAUUCUCCAGUCUAAGCCCAGUGACCCUCACAGAGCACAGUUGUCCCUAUGGGGAGGUCCUAGAAUGCCAUGAGCCACUACCUGCCAAGUUGGCCCAGGAAGAGGAGCAAAAGCCAGAGUCCAGGCUGCUUCAGAAGUUGCGCCAGGCUGGUACAAAGCUCCUCAAGGUCCCGCUGAUGCUGGGCUUCCUGUACCUCUUUGUCUGCUCCCUGGACGUGCUCAGCUCCGCCUUCCAGCUAGCCGGAGGGAAGGUGGCUGGUGACAUCUUCAAGGACAACGCCAUCCUGUCCAACCCAGUGGCAGGGCUGGUGGUGGGGAUUCUGGUGACAGUCCUGGUGCAGAGUUCCAGUACCUCAACAUCCAUCAUCGUCAGCAUGGUCUCCUCUGGCUUGUUGGAGGUGAGCUCUGCCAUUCCGAUCAUCAUGGGCUCCAACAUUGGAACCUCGGUCACCAACACCAUUGUGGCCCUAAUGCAGGCAGGGGACAGGACUGACUUCCGGCGGGCUUUUGCAGGGGCCACAGUGCAUGACUGCUUUAACUGGCUGUCUGUUUUGGUCCUGCUGCCGCUGGAGGCUGCCACGGGCUACCUGUACCAUGUCACUGGGCUCGUGGUUGCCUCCUUCAACAUCCGUGGUGGCCGAGAUGCCCCUGACCUUCUCAAGGUCAUCACAGAACCCUUCACGAAGCUCAUUAUCCAGCUGGACAAGUCUGUCAUCACCAGCAUUGCCGUGGGGGAUGAGUCCCUGAGGAAUCACAGUCUCAUCCGGACUUGGUGCCACCCAGACCCACCCGAGGCUUCCACUUCUAUGUCCAGGAUAGAGGCCAACAUCAGCUUUGCAAACACCACCGUGGGAAAAUGCAACCAUCUCUUCGUGGACACGGGGCUGCCGGACUUGGCUGUGGGGCUCAUCCUGUUGGCUGGCUCUCUGGUGGUUCUGUGCAGCUGUCUCAUUCUCCUAGUCAAGAUGCUCAACUCUCUGCUCAAGGGCCAAGUGGCCAACGUCAUCCAGAAGGUCAUCAACACGGACUUUCCCGCCCCCUUCACCUGGGUCACGGGCUACUUUGCCAUGAUCGUGGGUGCCAGCAUGACCUUUGUUGUCCAGAGCAGUUCUGUGUUCACCUCCGCCAUCACCCCACUCAUCGGCCUGGGUGUGAUCAGUAUUGAGCGUGCCUACCCUCUCACCCUGGGCUCCAACAUUGGCACUACCACCACAGCCAUCCUGGCAGCACUGGCCAGCCCCAAGGAGAAGCUAUCCAGCUCCUUUCAGAUCGCCCUCUGUCACUUCUUCUUCAACAUCUCGGGCAUCUUGCUGUGGUACCCACUGCCCUGCACACGCCUGCCCAUCCGCAUGGCCAAGGCGCUGGGCAAACGCACCGCCAAGUACCGCUGGUUUGCAGUCCUCUACCUCCUCGUGUGCUUCCUGCUUCUGCCCUCACUGGUGUUUGGCAUCUCCAUGGCAGGCUGGCAGGCUAUGGUCGGUGUGGGUGCACCCUUUGGGGCCCUGCUGGCCUUUGUGGUGCUCGUUAAUGUCCUGCAGAACCGAAGUCCUGGGCACCUACCCAAGUGGCUGCAGACAUGGGACUUCCUGCCCCGCUGGAUGCACUCUUUGCAGCCCCUGGAUGGUCUGAUCACACGAGUCACCUUGUGCUACGCCAGGCCUGAACCCCGUUCACCUCAACUUCCCCCCAGAGUCUUUCUGGAGGAGCUUCCGCCUGCCACACCCUCCCCCCACCUCGCACUGCCUGCUCACCACAAUGCCACCCGUCUCUAG